AUAAAAUGACGUAGCCAUGCAUUAAUUCACUACAUAAACUGUGUUCAGAUUUGAUUUAAUCUACAAUCGUUUUCUUCACUCAGGUUGUUGCAGAAAGAAAGAUGGACCGUAAUGAUGAGAGAAUCAAAAGAGCUUUAAGACGCCGCCCUUAUGUGUUGAAACCAGUGAGGGUGAACACCCCUGAUUCCGUGUUGUGGCCAACCGGCAAGGUGCACAGAAGGCCAAAGCCUUCUACUUCAGUGCAGACCCCUCAGAUCCACAAAAGGCCUCCAAUCAUUGUGAGCUAUGGGCAGGACCAAACAUCUGGGGAUGGAUGGAGCAUCAAUCCAGAGCCUCUCAGCCAGUCUGGAAGGGUGACUCGGCUGAUGGAGAGAAAAUAUGAUGUGACCUCAUCCUCCAGUUCUGAUGACUUUUCCAUCUACUCCUUCACUGACUGUGAAUCGGAGUGUGAUGAUGAGGAUCAUGAAAGGAGGACACCACCGCUGAAAGUUGAGGAUGGAAAGGUGACCAAGCUUGACGUGAGGGUUAUGGACGAGGAUGAUGAUCUGUCUCUCCACUCCUUCGAUGAGUCAGACUUCCUGAGCCCAGGGAAGGACUCAAGUCCUGUAUCUGUCAAGAAUGGUCUCUCUCCUCUUGUGACCUCAGCACACCGGAACCUGGCUGAAGCCCUACGGGCCCUGCCCUCUGCUGUAGGCUCUCCCUACCCAGUAAAUGUCCCAAGGCCUCUGACUCCUCUCAGCCCUGUCAUUAUCGCUCCGCCCCGAACAGAGAACUUCCCAUACCGCCACAGCCCUCGCCUGGCUCCCAUCACCAACCUGAGCGAGUCCGGCAGGAAGCUGCUACAGGAAAUGGCUGGAGUGGCCCCACAGGAAGGGAAGGUCAAUAAGAAAAACAAGGGCAAGGCCAAAAAAGUAGUGAAGCAAGAGAAGGCCAGUAAGAUGCAACAGAUGGGAAAUGUUGGAGAAAGUAAGGAGGAGGACAAGAAAGAGGAAAAGAAGAGUCUGUGGAAGAGGUUUCUUCAGUGGCUGCUGCCCAAACUGAGAUGUUCAAAGAAAUAAUGGCCAACUAUUACUUCUACCACACACACACACACACACACACACACACACACACACACACACACACACACACACACACACACACACACACACACAUUUUGAGUAUUGGUUAUUCCUACAACACACACAAACGUAAUUUCAGAGACAGGAAUUAUGAUUAGCAAAAUACAUAUAUUGGUCUCAUUCUUAUAUUUUGAGACAUGCAGCAUUAUAAAAAAAAAAACAAGAUAUUGGUCUCCAUCCAGCCUAUGAUAAUGAUUUGGAUUUUCAUGCUUAGGCUUGGAAAUAUAUCCAGGAGAAGCAGGGUCAACACCUCUACUCAUGUCAUAAGUGCCAUGACAUCUUUAGUAACCACAGAGAGAUAAGACCUCUGUCUCCACAUUCUCAUCCAAAGGACAGCACCAACCUUAGGGCAGUGUCACUGGUAUCCUUGGGCCAAAGUGAAGAGGUGAGGGCCCCUUACUGGUCUCCUUGCAAUAUCUGGUCUCCCACACAGAGAUGGAAAUCUACACCUGUUUAGACCCUGGAGGAUAUGGCUUCAGAUGAAAGACAGCAGAGAGAUGCAGAACAUAGAAGCUUCAAACACUGUGAUAUGCAAAUUCAGGACCAUUGUACACUGAAGUGGAGCAUGCAUCUGGUCUGAAGCAUGUCAAAAGAGUGCAAAUGAACUGGGACUGGAGGACUGCAUCAUAUUUAAACUAAAUUAGCAUGUAUCUGAUUUAGCUACACUCAUCUGUACUUGAAUUGUGCUGUUUGAAAUGUGUAUUUCCAAUAAAGCUUUUUAAAUUGCAA